AUGAUAUCCCGUGGAGUUUUCGUAGAAGAGCUGAUCCGCAGCGAGCUGUGGAAGCACGGUCCCCCGUGGUUACGUGAAGACAAAUCAACGUGGCCCUCCCAAGGCAUCCCAGAAACCAAGUUCAGCGUAGAAGAAUUGGAGUUGAAAAAAAAAUGUGAUUCUGAGCAGAUUCUCCAUCCGGAUCCACUGUUCGAAAGGUUUUCGUCGUACCAAACUCUUCUCAAUGUAGUCGGAUUCUGCUUUCGUUUUUGCAACAAUGCCCGUUACAAACAGCGACGAAAUUUCAGCAGUGUACUCUCCGUUGCCGAACUUCAGCAUGCCAAGACAGCCCUGGUCCGAUUCGUCCAGGAUAAAAGGUUUCCCGAUGAUCUGCACCGCCUGAAGAAAGGAUUCAUAGUGUCUAGUAAAUCGCCUCUUCGCCUGCUAAGCCCAUUCCUUGACGCUGAUGGACUGAUCCGUGUCGGUGGCCGGUUGCGACUAGCUGACACACCCUACGACGUGAAGCACCAAAUAGUUCUCCCCGGCUUUCACCCGUUUACCCUCCUCCUACUGAAAUUCCAUCAUCGAAAGCUAGUUCAUAGUGGGAUUCAGAUGACUCUCGCAGUCGUCCGCGACGAAUUCUGGCCCCUGAACGGUCGGAAAGCUGUUCGAAGUGCUAUACGGAGCUGUUACGAGUGCAGUAGGGCGAUCGUUUUGUCUGGAGACGAAACAGGCCUCAGCAUUUGUACUCCGCCAAUGGUACAAAUUUCAUCGGCGCGAAAAAUGCACUGCACAAGGUGUAUCAAAUGCUUCAGCCCGGACCCGAUAGCGACAAAAUCAACAAGCAUCUCGCCGAAGAAAACAUCCAGUGGCACCUGA